UUACUGCGUGGUAAAGAUCGCAAGAUAGACCGAUUCGUCGGGCGGGGAUUUCCCUCUCUCAGGUACGACACAUUCGGACUACCCGUCACCUGGUUCACUGAGGAUCAAACGCGAGUACCCCAGUCUGUGCAGGGCGGCAAGCCCUCGGGUCAGCGGUUCUAUUCCAAGGCAGUUCGCUCAAUUGCGGGAACGAAACAAACGCGCAAAACUUCCAGAUGCAGCAUAAUCCCGCCUCCAGACCUUGAGAGCCGAGCGGACGACUCGUGGUCGGUGAAAGUAACCGAAUAUGCAACAUUCAACAAUGUCAAGAGAUGGGAGGCGAAAUGUGGGUGCGGAGGCCUGUCAUGUUGGUUUUCCGUCCUCAACACACGCCCCUCGACUCUCCUCCUCACUCUCACCAAGAAUUCUGUCAGGCAGAAUACGCCUGACGGCCAAACGGAUCCUCCGAGGCACCUUGAGACAAUGUUCAUUACUACUAGUAGUCUGUCGCAUACUCCUCUUUGGGUGACCGAGACAAAGAAUUACCCGCCUCCAUGCACGCGCAUUAUACCAGGCAACCCGGGUCCCAGACAGCUCUGUGAUAUAAUAUAUAUACUGUGGUAA